UCGUGUUGCUGUUCGCCGCAGCGUUGCUGGCGGUGGCAGCGGCGUCGACGGGAUUGAAUGCAAUCCAGACACGCCUCGCAACGCAGCACCCAACACUCGAAUCCUCACUCUGAGUCGCAGCAGCACUGCCGAGCUCGCGCAGUGCGGCAUCGGGACGCCCCCACAAUGAGCUCCUCAGGUGUUCUUCGAAAGGGGUUGCUGGUUUCCCGAGCACGAUCCGGAGGCAGACCAGAAUUCAACCUCGCCAUUCGUUUCCUGUCUUCUUCGGUUUCGGAUUCUCACGUUGCGGGGCUGGAUGUGCCGGGUGAUCGUAACGUGGACAUUUUCGAUCGGGUGCUGAAGAGCAAGCAGAGAGAUAGGGCCGCAUGGCUGAUGAGCGAUAGCGACCCUAUUCUGGACACUGUCACGGAGAGUCUUCUCGAUCGGCUGCAAGAUUGUAAGCGAACGUUCCCUAAAGCAUUGAAUCUUGGUGGAGCAUUUGACCAUGUACGUCGAUUGCUUCAAGGACGUGGUGGUGUUCAGGAGUUGAUAUCCAUGGACAUCUCCGAGGAUAUGAUAAGAAGGUCCAUGAUCAAAGCAGCUGAGGAUGAAGCUACAGGCAGAGGGCCAGCGUUGCGGAACCUGCAUCUGGUCGGUGAUGAAGAGUACAUACCAUUGCAACCAAACUCCCUGGAUCUUGUAAUAAGCUCUCUUGGCCUUCACUGGGUCAAUGAUCUUCCAGGCGCCAUGUCGCAGUGCAGGACUGCGCUGAAGCCUGAUGGAUUGUUCUUAGCCACCAUGUUCGGAGGUGAAACGUUGAGGGAGCUCCGAAUUUCUUGUACUGUAGCACAAAUGGAGCGCGAAAGUGGUGUGAGUCCUAGAGUUUCUCCCCUUGCUCAGGUUCGAGAUGCAGGGAAUCUCUUAACAAGGGCAGGCUUUGCACUCCCAACAGUCGACGUAGACGAGAUAACUGUCCGUUAUCCCAGUGCACUUGAAUUGAUUGAUCACUUACGGUCUAUGGGUGAGACCAAUGCUGUUCGCCAGAGGCUCUUGACCGUGAAUCGGGACACAGCUCUGGCAACUGCUGCAGUUUAUCAAGAGUUGUUUGGAGAAUCCGAUGGCACCAUUCCAGCCACAUUUCAGGUAAUCUACAUGGCCGGGUGGAGCCCAGAUGUCUCACAGCAGCGUCCAAAGCGUAGAGGCUCAGCAACUGUCUCGUUUGAGGAUCUGCACAAAGCUUUCACCCCAAAGGAGUCCUCUGAUGGAUCUGGUAGCCAGAAGCAGGAUGCGGUUCCUGUAGAGAGUGAAGAGCCAAAGAAAGACGAUGGCAAAUCAGGAACUACAGAUGGUACUACUACACGACUGCCUUCUGGCACAUGGUACAAAAUCGAGUAGGCUCUCAUCUCAUUGUAUGAUAUCUGUUACACGAUUCCUUUUUGUUCUUCCAGGUCCCAGAGAGCAUCUUUGAUUGUACACAUUCUCUGCACGCUGUUUUAAGAUUGUUUUGACAAUUCUUGUGUCUAGCCUCUGAAUCAAAGAGCAUAGUCUAUGGGGCUCGAAGGUUGAAAGUUUUCAAGGAGUUAACUUCACUCUUGACAUUAGAAUCACACCCUUCUGUUGAAUUAGACACAACCAGGAAUUAUUACUGAUAGUUCUGUGUAGUGGGGACGAUUCUGACCACAAAUCUGUAGCGCAACUUCAGAUAUAUAUCGGCGAGUUUGAAGAACUCGUUCGUUUUGUUCUACCCAGUUGUCACUUGCCAACAAGGCUUGAAUGCUUUCAUUCAUAUGUAUGUCCGUACGUAUGAAUUAAUAUAAAAACGGUUGAACCUUA